AUGGAAGGGGUGACAGCUCCAUGCGAGCCAGAUGCCUUCUUCUGUCACAGUAACAUGUGUAUCAACAACACCCUGGUGUGUAACGGUAUUCAGAACUGUGUCUACCCCUGGGACGAGAACCACUGCAAAGAGAAAAGGAAAGCUAACAUCCUGGACAACCUGAACAACACCAACGCCACCAUCAUCGGCGUCACCUGCUGCAUCGUCCUCAUCCUCCUCAUCGUGUCCGUCAUCGUUCAGAUCAAACAACCCAGGAAGAAGUACAUCCUCAGGCGCGAGGACUUUGACCCCACGAUGUUCCAGGAGGUCUUCGAGCCGCAGCAUUAUGGGCUCUGCACGUUACGCAGCACCACGCAAGCCACCGCCGCUUCGGCGGAUAUAGCGGAUCUAGCAGAGGACUUGGAGAACUACCACGCGCUGCACCGCUCGUCCUCGCGCCGCGUCCAUUACCACCAUUGUGGAUCCACCUCCAACCCUGGUUCCGCCCACCUGUCCCAGCUGUCACUCAGUGGGCGGGAGGGCCGCGGGAACCUGAGCGCACGCGAGGCCGCGGCCCUCCUCACGGACCUUCCACCGCAGUCGGUACGGCCGCUGCUGCCCAGCGUUGCCACGGGGAACCGGCGCAGCAUCCUAGUGAUGAAGCACAGCUACUCGCAGGAAGCGGCCGACAAUGGGUGUGACCCCGACGACGACCUGGAAGAGGUUCCCACGACGAGCCACCGACUGUCGCGUCACGAGAAGGCAGUCCAGCGGUUCUGCCUCAUUGGCUCUUUGAGCAAACAGGAAUCAGAAUACAACACGACUAGGGUCUAA